GCAAGAGACUGGAUGGGUGAUGCAACCUGCCUGGUUCGGCGAAGUAUAGUUUGCUGGUGUAGGUUUCUUCCCUUUUUCUUGUUAAUUAGUGGCUCAUUUUUCGAGAGUGUGUAGUAGUUCCAAAAAAAAAACGGCUGAGUUUUCAAAGAUGCCAGUUGGGAGAACAUUGACAAGAGCUGUUCAUCAGGCCUUGAGCCCAGUCUGUGGCUGCCAGGUGCUGUCCACAUCAGUGCGGUGUAUCAGCUUCUCUCCACGUCAGGUUACUUCUUCAGAUGCCAGUUUCCACUCUGUAUCCUUCUCUGAGACUGACCAUCCUCGUGUCCUUAUCACAGGGGGCCUUGGCCAGCUUGGAGUUGGACUUGCUAAACUUUUGAGGAAACGUUAUGGAAAUAAUAAUGUAAUCCUGUCUGACAUCAGGAAACCUCCAGACCAUGUCUUCCACAGUGGUCCCUUCAUCUACUCUGACAUUCUAGACUAUAAAAAUUUACGUGAAAUUGUGGUAAAUAACCGCAUUACUUGGAUGAUUCACUACAGUGCACUGUUGAGUGCUGUCGGGGAAGCAAAUGUGCAGUUAGCACGAGCGGUCAACAUUACUGGUUUACACAAUGUUUUAGACAUUGCUGCUGAGCAUGGUCUCCGACUAUUCGUACCCAGCACAAUUGGUGCUUUUGGACCCACCUCUCCCAGAAACCCAACCCCAGAUCUUUGCAUUCAGAGACCUAGGACAAUCUACGGAGUCUCCAAAGUCCACGCUGAACUUAUGGGAGAGUACUACCAUCACAGAUAUGGCAUGGAUUUUCGUUGUCUGAGGUAUCCCGGAAUAAUUUCUGCAGAUACUCAGCCAGGAGGGGGAACAACAGAUUAUGCAGUCCAAAUUUUCCAUGAUGCCAUAAAGGAGGGCAAGUUUGAAUGCUACCUGAAACCAGAUACGUGCUUACCUAUGAUGUACAUAGAUGACUGCCUGAGAGCCACACUUGAAAUUUUGGAAGCACCAGCUGAGUGUCUUACAAUGAGGACGUACAACAUUAAUGCAAUGAGCUUCAACCCUGAAGAACUAGUAAAUGAGGUGCGGAAAUAUCUGCCAGACCUGCAGGUCUCGUACAAUGUGGAUAAAGUUCGACAAGGAAUUGCUGACAGCUGGCCUGUGAAGUUUGAUGACAGCAAUGCUCGCAAGGACUGGGGCUGGAAACAUGACUAUGAUUUAUCAGAGUUAGUGACUGUGAUGCUGAAUAUUUUAAACUCAGAAACCAGGGUUGCCCGUGCCAAUUAAGCCAAAGCAAAGGACUUUAUUUUUUCAUCAGCCUUUGCCAGCACUAGAUGCUGAAAAAUAAAUGGACCAGAAAUUUACAUAAUGAUGAAUUUAUGUACAUCCUGUAUAAUUUAUGACAUACAAGCUGUCUGUUGAAUUACAGUAGAUGAUAACUGUAAAAUGUUAAACAGCGUUUGUUGCACUCCGUUAUGUGAUGUUCUGCUUGACUGAAGGAUGGAGGUUCUGCAACUUGAUUGCACAGAUGCAAGAUUUCACCAUUCUUUAGUUACUGUUCAUUGUAUGUCUUGCUCAAAAGGUUGUAACUUUUUCAAGAGUUUGUUCUAUAAACUGUACAAAUUAUUUAUUAAACGACAUAAUAAGUUUGUGGCAGCCAGCAGAACUGCAGAACAACUGGUAGUACUGUUGAGCUCAAUGGUAGUGUGUUGGGAAGUAGAAAUUCAUUUAGACAAUAUUAUUACUCAGUAUAACAGCAGAUAUUUAAGUGUAAUAACAAUACCUCAACUGCUAGAAAAAUAUCACCAAUGGCAUAUCAGAUUUUAGUGUCAGCUGGUGUUAAUGUGCAUUCCCCUAUCCCAGGAUGAGGCUCAAAUUGCAGAAAGCUUGCCAGCACUGGACUUCAUCAAGCCUUACUCCAAACUAUUCUGUCACUGUAGCGUAACAAUGCUGUGUAGAUGGGCAUUACAUUGGAGUGAAUAGGAGUAAGACUACAAUCAUUUGUUUUCUUAACAAGGUUACCAUAUUGUUUUUGAAAUCAUAUGAUAUGGUAGUAGCAUGUUUGUCUGGCAAUUGACUUGGAGGAUUAAGGAGUUGUUUCCUGUGGCACCAGUGGUGCAAGGUUUGAUCCGAUCAGUCUUUAUUGCCUGACUGUGUGACUCUGAGCAACUCACAUAACCAGACACCACUCCCAGGCUGAAUCUGAAAAAAGUCCAUGGAGAUCAGUGCUCUACCCUGGAAAACAAAUACAGAUACAUGAAUGUUUACUACUGCCCUUGUAAGCCGUUUGAGCAUUUUUGCUUUUCAGAACAUUACCUUAAAAUGGAGACUUACAGAAGCUGUUCUGAGCGGUCAUAAUUUUUUAAUGUCACAUCAGUUCCAAAACUAGAAAUUCGGGUAAUUCUGUUGUACUUGGAUAAGCAUGUCCCACACCCUUUCAGAUGCAAAUAGCAAAUACAUUUUUUAGCAUUUUCUAGGAGCUGAAAUUUCUUAUAGUUUAUCUUGCCCCCUCUCCUGUCCACUGCAGUAAAGUUACUAAACGUUUAUACAUGGAUCUAAGUAAUGAGAACCCUCCUUUGGACAUUGCGCAUCUUUUUUUCCAGGUAUGCUUACACUGGGGGAUAGACACACAUCCAUGACAUUUGUCUGUUGACUUUAUAAGGGCUUUAUGUUCCUUGCAGCCAUUAGGUCUUUUCUUGCCACCCACACAAUUCAGAUCUGUCCUUGCUGUCAGGAGUAAAAAGUCUGCUUUCACAUGCCAUUUUGUUACCUUCUGCUACCAAAGUUCAAAGCAAUGGCAGACUUAAGCUUCUCAUGGAACCAGUUGGAGGGUCAUUCUUGUCAGUCUUAUAGGUAGGCAAGAGUUUCAGCACUGGAGACUUUGCUUGGAAGAUUGGCUGGAGCAUAGUCCUCCCGGAGUUACAUACCUGCUUUCCAUGGCCUUGGGCCUUGUAGGAAUGGGUAUUGUCUCCAGUCAGCAGGGGCACAAUCAUAUUUGAAUCUUGUGUUUCUGUAUAGAACUUGAGGAGGAUGGAGACUAAAGUGCCCUGGCCAUCUCAGAAAUGGAGGCCUUCUCAGGGGGCAUCCACGAGACGCUGAUGGGAGAGAAACUAAACAGGAGCAUCCCUGACAUUCAUCCUAGGGGGUUGAAUCCUAGGGUAUUUGCCACACCUGUUCCUUACUUGAUUGCACCAAUCCUGGGUUGACCCUGCAGUAUCACAUGAAGUGGCCACUUGAAACAUACAUUUAUGGACCAGUGGAACACUGGGCUAAGGCUUCAUCUGCUAAGCCCCCACACCCACACCCACAAACUCCAUAUUAACUGCUUCUCCCUGGCAGAAGAGGAGACGCAUAGAGACCCUGAGUCUUUUCUAAUAAAAAAGGAGAUACAAGGUGACCUUCAGCCAGGUCCUGUGGUCAAGAUGGGAGAGAGAGCAGGUAGUCAAGUUCUCUGACCAAGGUGUGAGAGCAAGUAGUUUGACUUUCAGUGGGAACAUAGAAUUUUGGAUAUAGGAUUUCACCCUUAAGGUCUAAGGCUAGCCUCUCAUCCUUCCAUAUGCCAUCAUACAUUGUUCUCAUUUGGCACAACUCCCUGUACAUACUAGUCACACACUUAUGUGAUUCAUGACUUGGUCCUUGUUUCUGAACUGUUGCAGGUUGGCAUGGCGUUACUCCAGUAGCUCAGCAGGAGGUGGCAGCAGCUGUAUCACCAGAAAAAGACCCCUUACCAGAAGAGCCUGGGGACCAGCCUAUGGGCCCAGUCUUCCAUGGAGAACGCAAGCCCUUGUGGAGUCAUAUCCAUUUACCUAAUUAUGUUUCUAUUGAAAGUAGAACUUGGAGUUAGUGUCUUCUUCAGAAAGUCGGGUGCACAGACCCCUUACAGAAACAUCUUUUAAGUCACCUUUAUGGAGGCUUCCUCCCCUUACUUAAAUACUACAAUUACAUUGUUGCAUAGACAAUGGGGAAAGAGGCCAAGUUUACUGUAUUCUGUUUUUGAUGAAAACAGAAUGGAAUGAAUUGAGAUCCUGUCUCCAUGCUCCAACCCCUGGUGUUGAAAGGUAGGCCGCCCGGAUUUCAGAGUAAGGUUUACUGAACCUCAGCCUCAUUGUUAACACCUGGCACCAUUACCACCCUGUUCUAGGCAUGGCAGGUGAUCUUUUAACUUUUUAUGCAUGGGCUGUAGUCUUUCCUUGCUGAGAAACCCCCCUCUCUCCCACAUCUGGGCUAGACUGCCACAUCAGUUCUCAUUCCCAUUAAUUAAAAUUUUUUAUCAAGACUUUUGGGCCCACUCAUCCGUCCUUUUUGGGAGAAGAGAUGGCCCUUGAGGACAUUUAAGAACUGUGUCUCCUCGUCCUGCUAGGGUAGCAAGAUAGAACUGGAGAUUUUUAUUUUGUAUCCCUACUUUGGGGUUGGAAGUUCCCACUUUUAAUAGCAAUUUUUCCAUACCUUCUUGAGUUCAUGGCAAUAAUUUAUUUUCAUUCUGAUCCAUCAGUGAGACAGGGAGGACAUGGAUUGUUCUUGCCCUUGGAUGUCUCUGAAAACUUACCUAUUUCUGUUCAGUGAUCACCCCCCCCCCCCCCCACACACACACACACACACACACACACACACACACACCGUGAAGAGACUUAAGUAGCCUUUGACCACCUGACCAAUGACCUCAUCUUCUCGUUCCAGUGGAGUCCUUUAAAGUCAUCAGGGCCUCUAAGAGGAUGUGCCUUUUUUCAGACCAUGGAGGAAGCCCCCUCCAUUCCACUUCCCUUGAGAGAGUAGAUAAGUUGGUCUUAUCUGGUUCUUUGCAGGAGCAGAAUGAGAAAGGAAUUAAAGACCCUUCACUCCUUCUGGAGUAGUCCCCCAAAGUGUCUGGUUUUGGGUUCGAUGGACCAGUAGCUCACCUUUAUGUCCUGAAAGCUGGAGUUCUACAAUUGUCUUUUAUCCUUAUUGGGUGGGGGGACAAUUGGGUUCUCUGCAGCAGUAAUUAUUAUGCCUUCUGGCUGCAGACUGGUCAGCAUCUCUUUAUAAGUAACUGUCUUCACUGCUUUAUUGGUCUGUGCUUGACAGGCUAGGUUGCUGAGGUGAUUUGAGCCUGUAAUGCUCCUUUCUCUGACGACCUUUUCUUCCAUUGGCCAUGGAGCUAGACUUCUGAUAGGUAUUCCUCAAUAUUCUGCCUUUUUUCCAGUCCUUAUGUGGUUCUCUACCCAUCUCCAUCUUGAUUGUUCUACUGUCUGGAAUUCAGCUGAACCAUAGGAUCAAUUAAGGAAUGUCAUCUGGUUUUGAUGUAGUGGAUACAUUCUUAAUGUCUUAGUUGAUCUUGUUCUACUGUUUGGAAUUCAGCUGAACCAUAGGAUCCAUUAAGGAAUGUCAUCUAGUUUUGAUGUAGUGGAUACAUUCUUAGUGUCUUAGUUGAUCUACAAAGAGGCCUUCCUUGGUUGGUUACUCUCCCUGCAUGAGGAUUGUUCCUCCUGCUGGACUUAACUGUUGAAUUUCCCACUGAAUGGGCAAAUACAUACACUCAUGCAAUAUUUUGUUAAUUUGCAGCAAGGUACCCACUAGUGUGAAAGGAAUGAAUUGGUGGGCAUAUGGGAUGAUCACUCUUAUGUAGUCAAUGUCUGAUGGCACAGCAUGUGUCCUUGCAGGAGUGCAUCUGUCUGCAAGUGCAGGAACUCUGUACAGUACAUUUAUACUAUGUACACUCUGACAGUCAAGGAGCUGGAGUAAAGGACUUAGGAUCUGAACUAUUAACAAGCUGCUUCCAGUGCUACAAGGUUGGAUUACUACAGCCUGCAUUUGCCUUUGUGGCUUUGAGCAAGUCACUUAACCAUACAGUGCUCUUGUGACGAGUCUGAAAAAGCUCUAUGUGGAUCGGUGCUGUAUCAGUUUCAGGAAAUGAUACUGAUUCUUGCAGGAGAUAAUCCAAAUAUAGAACCCAUAUGGAAGGACUCCUUUUAGAAAUAAACAAUAUGGUAAGGCAAUAUCUGUUAUUUGUGGCUAGAACAGCAGAAAUAUUUUUUGAGAGUAUUUAUUUUCAGUAAAACGGCCCAGUGUUUAGAACAUUUGCCUUGGAAGGUUCUGCUGUAGGCAGGACAGACCUGAUCUUUCAGAUUUUGACGCACGUUUGCGCCGGCAGUUCUGAAUUGACUUUUUGCAAUGGGUGACAUUUUUAAAUUAAAGUUUUAGUCCCAAUUAAUGCAGCUAUUUCAGUGUUUUGAAAUGCAUCGAAUAUAUUGAAACAAGUAUUUUCCUUCCUGACCUACAUAAACAAUGUUUUUUUUGUGUGUCUUUUUUUUUUUUUUUUUAAGAUUGUAGGCCAUACAUUUAUGUCAUCAUAGCUGCUCCUUAUGUGAGACUGACAGGGCCUUGUAUUUUGAAACUGACCUGUCUGUAUAAGCUAUGUUCUAGGUGAGGAGUGGGAAGGUUGCUCUUAAGUGCCAGUAUCUUUAAGAAUAUGAAUAAUAAUAAAAUUACAAAAAUGAAAAUCC